GCCGCCGCCGCCGCCGCCUGGGGAUCCGUUCUGCCCGGGCAGCGGCGGUUGCAGCCCUCCAGCCCCCGCGCCGCCGCGGCGGGCGCCGACACACGAUGCGGGACUAGGAGCGGCGCGGGCGAACCAGGCGGCGUGGGGGAGGCACGGCCGGCAACUCCGCGCGGGGGGAGCCCGAGCGCCGGGCGUGGGGGCGGGGAGCAGGCGGCGCAGGAGAGCGCCCCGAGUCCUGGCGCGGGAGGAGGAGCGGGAGCCAGCUGGGGAGACGGCGCUUCUGGCGGCACCUGCGCCCCGCGGGCGGCCGGCCCUGCCCUGCCCCUGCCCGCGGCCCCGGCCCCGCACGGGGAUACAGGGAAGCUGUCCUCCCACCAGCCAAGGAUCAGCUGAGCCCUGGGGCUGAAGUCUGCCCACAUUGCUGAGAUGGCACCAAGGCCCAGUCUGGCACCAAGACGAAGGUUAAGCCGGGACACUCCUGCACAGUGAUCCUGAUGUCUGCUCUGAACCACACACUCAAGGGUGUGAUAAGAAAAAGAGGCCAACAUCUGUGGAGCUGCUGGUUCUAACUGCUGCAGGCUUUCCCAGGGCUCUGGCUCCAGGGUUGAGCAAGGAGGCAGGUCUUUCAGUUGCCCCCAUUCGUCUUGCGUGGACCAGCUGUGUUCUCCUGACACAACCUUCGGACAAGGUCUGACCUUGCCUAGUUCUUCCAGGUUACCUGGGAAAGGUUGGAGCCUCUGGUUUGUUACUGGCUGGGAAACCAUUCAUGUUCACCCCAGGAAGAUGAGAUCAGAGACAAGGAGAGCAAGGUUAAAGUCAGCAUGAAGGUGGGGGCUGGAGAGGAGAUCCACGCAGUCACGUCAGAAUUACGGGAAAAGUUCUAACCUGCUUGGCAGAGAAGUCUACCCUAAGUGUGGUGAGAGCUGGGGCACCGUGAUCCUGCCUCAAGUAGAAGAUAGCUUUUGAAGCAGGAGGGCCUGUCCAGAAGCCUGUUUCUGUGCCAGAAGGGACAGCUACACUUUCUGGAGUAUGUGCUGUAUUCAAGUAGUAUCAGCAGGCCCCAGUCGGCACCAUGGCUUCUGCUGAGCCCCUGACGGCGCUGUCGCGCUGGUACCUGUACGCCAUCCACGGCUACUUCUGCGAGGUGAUGUUCACAGCCGCCUGGGAGUUCGUGGUGAACUUUAACUGGAAGUUCCCGGGGGUCACGAGCGUGUGGGCCCUCUUCAUCUACGGCACCUCCAUCCUCAUCGUGGAGCGCAUGUACCUGCGCCUGCGGGGCCGCUGCCCGCUGCUGGUGCGCUGCCUCAUCUACACGCUCUGGACCUACCUGUGGGAGUUCACCACGGGCUUCAUCCUGCGCCAGUUCAACGCCUGCCCCUGGGACUACUCCCAGUUCGACUUUGACUUCAUGGGCCUCAUCACCCUGGAGUACGCCGUGCCCUGGUUCUGUGGGGCCCUCAUCAUGGAGCAGUUCAUCAUCCGAAACACCCUCCGCCUCCGCUUUGACAAAGACGCCGAGCCUGGGGAGCUGGGGGGACCCCCGGCCCUGGCCAAUGGUCACGUCAAGACUGACUGAUUCUGGGGGGAACACGCGGGAGGGCUUGGGGAAGGUCUCUCAUGGAACCCAUGGACAAAGAGACCAAGCUGGCAGGGUUACCCCUUCUGUUCAGCACAAGCCCUGCCCCAGCUGGGCCUUAACCCAGUAUGGCACACGCAGCCCCAUACCCUCCAGGUGGGAUGGUGUUAAGGGGUGGGGCGUCUAGGCAACAGAAGGACAUUGGUAAGGGUACAUGGAUCUUGGCCCCAGUCCAGGGACUGGUGGCAGAAGGCUUGUGACUGGGCAACGGUUGACUGUUGGAAGAAGCAGGACCUAUCCUGGCUAAGGGUUGUUGAGAACGGGGCAGCAGGUGGGAGGCAAGCUCUGAGGAGGCUUUUGGGCUGCUGCUGCGGUCACCUCCCUCCCACUCGCCUGGAUUUAUCUGGGCUUUGGCUGGUUCCAUUAGGCAAUAUUCAGGUGCUUGCUUGCAACCAAUACCUCCCUGGGGGCCUGCUGAGCUGCAGCCUAAGAAAGAUGGGGCAGCCAGGAGGCUGCUUGGCUGCCAUGCUAGUCUGCAAGGGCUGGGAAACCUUCCCCUGGCUCCUCUCCCCUCCCCCAGGGCCCUGCGCUGCUCCCUUGGCCUUCUGGGGGCCCCGUGGUGCUGGAUUCCCAUCAACCUUGGGCUUUGGGAGGUUUCAAUCCCUGUGUGUUCGGUGGCGUUUCCCCUUUUCUCUUUUUUUCAAGGCCUUUACCACUAGGACCCCUUUUAUCCAUGUCAGCCACCAUACCUGCCCCACUCCCAACUUCCUAGCCGACACAGCAGCAGCCAGAGGUGGAACCCUGACAUAGACUCCACCUGCCUUUUCCUGGUCCUCCAUCCACGGCUGUCACUGGCCUGAUGACUGGGGAGGCCCAGUCACCAGUUCUGCCUCUCUGGCCAUAGUCUGGUGAACAGUGUUCCCCUCCCUGCAGGGGCCCUACUAAAAGUGAAUGGUGUCCCCCAGUGCACACUUGGGCCAGGAGGGGCCUUGUGUAUCCACAUUGGGACCGAGAGGCAAAUUAGCUGAUGGGGGUUGGGGAGGCAGAGCUCUAGAUCCUAUUGGCUCUGACUGGUUUAUGUUCCAGGCAGUGUCUAGCUUUCUAGGGGACAGAGGAGCAGGUAUCCAGCAUUGGAGACCCAUGGAGAAUGAGGAAGGAAAAGAGGAGCGUGGAAGGACUAGUUCUGGUUCUACCAUGGCCCCAGCUCUGCAGCUGAACCUCAGGGCUGCCCCCCACCCCCAGCUAGGCUGCCCUUUGAACUCGCUCCUCAAACAGUGUUAACCCUGCCAUGCUCAUGGGCAUGUCAUCUUGAUCAUCUCUCUUUUCUCCUGUGACAGGUCCAUUGCCGGCAGUGGACAGGUGAAAUCCUCCCUCCAGGCCUUCUGGCUCUGUCUGCCUAUAUUGAGGAGAGGGGUCCAUUAAAAAGCAAACCAUUCCAUGGAACAUGGUUUCAUCUUGACCACUAGGACUGAAGUAGAAAUUAGUCUUCCCCUUCUUAUAGAUCAUUAAAAAGUGACUACCGCCUGGGAGAGAAUCUCUUGGUGGCUGCUCCCCUUGGACCCUGCAGACAGCAAGGAUGUCCUUGGCUGGGAGAAGGUCUUGGAGACUUGGCCUAUGGCAGCAUUUUUCUGAGUUUGCCCUGUCCAGAGCAGGAUGUAAGGUGUUUCCCUGUCCAUUUCCUGUGCAAGCUUCUCAAAUUGAGAACUACAUCCUGUGGGGGAUAGCCCUGCCUUUGAUUUUAUUGUGGCCCUAAUUCUAGGAUUUUGGGGGUUACAGGGAGUCGGACUCCAGGGGGGGUGUAUUGCUGUCCAUAACAGAUGGUUCCCUAUUGCUGGGCAUCGUUUCUUCGGUCCCCCCAAUUCUGUGGUGUCUCAUUCUCUUGCACCCUAACAAUCCUCCAGCCACCACCUUUACAUUCCCCUCCUACAACUGAAUUCAGUGGCCAGCUUGCUGAAGUCUCCCAGCACAAGACCCCCCUACUUGACAGCUAGAGCAAGCCCUUAGAUGGCCCGCCGGGUCUCACCUCUCCAGAUGUUGCCUUGUGGGCAUUCCCUGGUCCCACUUUCUCUCCUGGUCCUAUAAAUAUCAAAUGCAGGAGUUCCUGGAGUGAGCAUGCCUGCCUGGCACCAUUCUGCAUUGUGGGCCUAGGUAUCCCAUUGCUCCUAUGGCCUCUUAUAGGGCACAGAGCCCCCAACAAGAGGAGGCUACAAUCCGUGGCCUGACCACAGGAUCUGCAAAGCUCAGAUCUCACCAGGAGUAGUUGAAGAACUGUUGCUUUGGGCUGGGGGCAGUUAUCUUCAGGUGUCCGAUCCCUCAGUGCUCAGGGCCUUAAAGUUUGGGGUUAUCCUAGCCCUGCCAAGCAGUGAGGGUGCUGGUGGGGAGAGUCUGCUGGCUCUUUAGGAACCUCUGGUAUCCUGGGCCAGUCCAAACCAUGGCAGCAUCUCUUGAGUUACAGAUUGCAGAUGUUCUGCUUUGCACAGUUGAGCUGCUUUGAAUGUCUGCUAGGUUUCCUGUGCCAGUGAGUCACAAUGGCCUAUGCUUAUUCACAGCAAUAAUAUUUAGGGGGUGCCCAUGAAGCCCUUUUGUCCUGGUCCCUCGCUCUGCAUGGGUCUCCUGGUGAGGCAGCUGCGGAGUGGGUCAGCUCAUGUGAGAGCCUGUGCUUAGGCAGCUCUGCACCAGGGGAGGCAGGCUGACUAGAGAGGCUGAGUUCUUUAGCUAUGGCUAAGGCAGGGAGAAUGCCUUCUACCCCGAGGCCACCCAGACUCCUUGGAGCUGCAAAAAGGGGCUGUUGAAGUGUUGGGACUGUCUUCCCAUUGGGCAGCUUUUGAGAAAGAACAUGACCGGUUUGUGUGCCCAUUGCCUGCUGUGUCUCUGUUGGUCUCUGUCUUUUCCUUUUCAUAUCUAAAAACAUAAAAUAUACUGGUGUUUGUGUUCCAAA